AAAUGUUUCUUCAGAGAGUUCAGUCAUGGCCUUUUCUGCUGCCAAGGUUUUCAACUUGUGGUCCGUGCAGUAAUGAGCGACUCAGAGAGCGAGGCCAGCUCGCCAGGCUCUGCCGAGGCGGAAGAAAGCCACGAACAAAAUGCCGCUGACAGUGAAAGCUCUGACGAUGAAAUAAUCGGGCAACGACCUGAAAAACGGCGACAUGUUGAAAGUCUCGACGAGGACUUAGAUGACGAUGAUUAUGAUCUCAUCCAGAGCAACACUGGCAUCAAUUGGAAAAAGCGGAAAAACGUCCGCAGAGCGCACUUUGCAGACAGCGAUGAGGAGGCAGGGAGUGGUUCCGAUAAACCGGACGAGAGUGAUAACAAUGAGAUGGAUGAGAAGGAAGAUAUUGCUAACGAGCUUUUCGGCGAUGACGAUGAUGAGGAGGAAGAGGAUGAGGACGCAAGUCAAAAGGCAUCCGAACCAGCACCUGGUUUCACAAUUGGUGACUUGGAGGCAAGCAGUGAUGAAGACGAGGAUGAACUUGGCGAUUUCAUUGUGGAUGAAGACGAUCAGCCCGUGAAACGGGCCAAAGGAAGAGAUGGAGGUGUUCGUGACCAUAAACUGAUGGAGGCCGAGAGUAUAUUUGGCCUUGAGUUUGAUCCGGCAGAGUUUGACCAGUAUGCCAGCGAUGCUGACGACGGAGCAGAGGAAGAAGAUGAAGAUGAACCUGAAGAGGGCUCUGACAGUGACAUGAGCUUCAUCGACGGCUCCGCGCCGCGCGAGCGCACCAAGCCUCGGCGCAGCACCGGCAAGACGAAGCGCAAGGCUGGCGGCAGCGGGCGCAGCAUCUACGACGUGUACGAGCCGUCCGAGCUGGAACGCUCUCACCUGACCGACAAGGACGCGGUGAUACGCUUGACCGACGUUCCUGAACGGUUUCAACUUCGCACCGGCCUCCCCGUCCAGCCACUGAGCGGUGGAGGUGAUGAUGGCGGGGAGGAUGACGGAGCUGUGGAUCGUGAGCUCAACGAGGAAGCUGCUUGGAUCUUCGCAAAGGCAUUGUCGAUGAAAACUGUCUCAGCUCAGGAUCCCGGUGUGGACGGAACGGGCGCGCCGAAUGCGUACGAUCUCUACCAGAGCCACCGGACCAAGCGGAAAUCGGAGGACGCGGUCCCGCGGAUUCGCGAGGUGAUUCAUCUCAUCCGAAAGGACAUGUUUGAGGUGCCGUUCAUCGCCCAGUAUCGCAAGGAGUUCUACGAGCCGCAGCUUAGCGUCGACGACCUGUGGAAGAUCUACGAAUUCGACGAGAAGUGGUGCCAGCUGCAGAAGCGCAAGCGCAAUCUCCUCCACCUGUUCGAGAACACGCAGCACUAUCAGUUUGAAGUGGCGCGCCGAGACGAGCGGCUGCUCGAGAACGUCCAGACGAUCGAAACGGAGGACCUGUCGCGAGUGAAUGGGGUGCUAUCGACGGAGGAGCUGAAGGAUGUCUACCAGCACUUUAUGCUGCAUCAUAAUCGCGAGGUGGUCGAGAUGCAGAACGAAAGAACUGCCCAUCACCGCGGAGAGAACGACCACCCGGACCCGGAUAAGAACUCCGGCUUGAAGCGCGCUCAGAAGCGCACCUUCUACACGGUGUGUCGCGACGCCGGCCUCUCCGGCCUCGCUGACAGAUUUGGCCUGACGCCAGCCCAGCUCGGAUCCAACAUGGUUAACUCGUAUCAGCGCUAUGAGGUGCAGCAGUGCACUGUCGAGCCGAAUGAGAUCGCCGCCGAGUACACUGGAGGAGCGUUUCCCGACGUGGAGAGUGCCCUGCGAGGCGUGUCUCACAUGGUCGCCACCGAGAUCGCUCACGACCCGCAGGUGCGUCAGGCAACGCGGGACGCCUACUACUCAAAGGCCAAGCUCACCGUACGGCCGACCAAGAAGGGCCGCAAGGAGAUCGAGGACAUGACCCCUCUUUCCGGUCUCUCUUACAUCACAAACAAACCCGUCGUCACUCUCAAGGGCGAUCAGUACCUGCAUAUCCAUAAGGGUAUACAAGACGGCCUGAUCACGUUGAAGCUGACCAUGGAUCAGGCGGACAACACGGGUGGUAAUCAAUCGUACAUAAAUGAGAUCCGUCACCUAUACUGGAAGGAUGAGUAUAGUACAGUGGCACAGAACUGGAAUGCACUGAGAUACGAAACGCUGCGUGUCGCGCUGGAGAAAUUCCUCUACCCAAUGUUUGAACAAGAGCUGAAGCUUGUUUUGCUUAAGGAGGCGCAGGAUCACGUUGUACAGCAAUGCACCCUUCAACUGCGCGCCUGGGUGGAGGUGGCACCGUUCCAGCCGGAAGCGGCGGUGAACGACGACGAUCAAUCUUACUCGCCUGGCCUGCGAGUUCUCACCACUUGCAUUGUACCCGAUCGCAGCAAGCCAAUCACGUUCGCCAUGCUGGACGGCAACGGCGAAGUGUCCGACUUUCUCCGUCUCGGUCACCUGCUGGACAGGAAUGAGGCGAAAAAGGAGAAAGACUGCGAUUCUCUGAAGAAGUUUAUCUUGCGGUGUCGGCCCCUGGCCAUUGCUAUCGAUGCGUCAUGUCGUGAGGCACUGUCUCUGUCGGAUACGAUUAAGGCCUGUGUCACGCAGUUGGAACAGGAGCAUCAGAUGGUAACCAUAGCAACUGAGUUUGUGGACUGCGAACUCGCACGCCUCUACGAGACAUCAAAGCGUGCCGAAGUUCAUCACCGCGAGUACAAUGAACUGCUGCGCCACGCCAUCUCGGUGGGCCGUCGCCUGCAAGACCCCCUGUCGGAGUUCUGCUACCUGGCAGCCGACGACGAUGAGUUUCUCUGCCUGAAGCUGAACGUAUUUCAGAAUGAUGUACCGCGUGAGGAUCUACUCUGGGCGUUACAAGUCGAGUUGAUAAAUCGCGUAAACGAAGUCGGCGUGGAUAUCAACAAAUCCCUGAAGCACACGCACUGGAAUCCGCUGCUGCAGUUUGUCGGAGGACUCGGUCCACGCAAAGCCAGUGACAUCACCAAGAAGAGCAAGGGUGGGCGCAUUGAGAACCGCUCUCAGCUCAUCACGUCGCUGCAAAUGGGCCCGAAGGUUUUCCUAAACUGCGCCGGGUUCAUUCGUAUCAACACUGGCGACUUUGAAGAGAAUGCAUCCGAGUACAUUGAUGCGCUGGAUAACUCCCGCAUCCACCCGGAAACAUACGACUGGGCCAGGAAGAUGGCCGUCGACGCUCUUGAAGACGAAGGAGACGUUGUCGGUGACGAGGGAGAUCCGUCGGCUGCUGUAGAAGAGAUUCUGGAGGGUCCUGAGCGCCUCAAAGACCUCGACCUGGACGCGUUUGCAGUGGAACUGGAGAGACAGGGCUUUGGCAAUCGGCAGACAACCCUCUAUGACAUUCGAGAUGAGCUGUUUGGCAUGUUCAAAGAACGACGCUUGCCCUAUCGCGGCCUCGGGUCGGAGGAGAAGUUCCGCUUGCUGACUGGCGAAACGAAAGAAACACUGGUCGAGGGAAAGCUAGUCACAGGCUCCGUCAUCAAUAUAACACGGAGGCGGCCUACACGGGAAAUGCUUGACCAGGCUAAUCCGGAAAGAGCGGAGGACACUGGCCUGUGGAGAUGUCCGUUCUGCUUGUUGGACACGUUUACAGAUCUCAGCGAGGUAUGGAGCCACUUUGAUGACAACAGCUGCGCCGGACAGGCAACAGGUGUACGGGUUCGACUCGACAACGGUCUCACUGGCUUCAUCUCCAUGAAGCACAUCAGCGACAGUCAUGUUCGAUCACCUGAAGACCGUGUGAAGGUUGGCAUGGUGAUUCACUGCCGCAUUCUCCGUGUCAACUUUGAGCGGUUCAGCGUGGAGCUGACGACGCGCUCCUCCGACCUCUCCAACAAGGACGGACAGUUCAAUGGGCCACGUGAUACGUACUAUGAUGAAGCAGCAGCGGACACCGAAAAGGCUAAGGAGCGCAAGGCAGUCAAACCUAAGAACACGUAUGUUGAUCGCGUGAUUGUUCACCCAUCCUUUCACAACAUCUCCUUCAAGCAAGCGGAAAAGAAGCUUGAGCAGAUGGAGCAGGGUGAUGCCAUUAUUCGGCCUAGCUCAAAGGGAUCGGAUCACUUGACGAUAUCGUGGAAGGUUGACGAGGGCGUCUACCAUCACAUCGAUGUGCUGGAGCGCGACAAGACCCAUCACUUCACUCUGGGAAAGUCCCUCUGGAUUGAGAACGAGGAGUUUGAAGACCUGGACGAAAUCCUAGCCCGUCACAUUCAGCCUAUGGCUUCAUUUGCGAGAGACAUUCAAACGUACAAGUACUUCUGCAAGCACUUCGGCAACAAGCAGGCCAUUGAUCCACUACUACUGGCAGAGAAGCGUCAGCAGAAGUCUCGUAUUCCGUACUUGUUCAGUACAUCACCAGAGUUUCCCGGCAAGUUUGUUCUUUCCUACAUGCCACGCUCCAAAGGAAUCCAUGAAUAUGCCACAGUUACUCCGAAUGGUCUACGCUAUCGCUCAAAGGUCCACGCAUCUCUGGAGGCGAUGCUGGCCUACUUCAAGCGUCACUACAAGGAUCCGGUGCCCGGCGCAGCGCAACUGCAACGCCAUCAAAUCCACCAGCAACAGCAACAACAGCAGCAACAGCAGCUGCACCACCAUCAGCAGCAACAGCAACAGAUGAUGUCAUCAAAUAUCGCGGCGGCCGCGGCCCAGGCUGCUGCAGCUGCCGCUUGGCCACAGGCACAGGCAGUGGCGGCAGCCGCUUGGCCACAACCAGCUCAGCAGCAGCAGCAGCAGGCACAGGCUGCACCCGUGCAGCAGAUGGCAGCCGGCUGGGGCUGGCCGGUCGCGUAGCGGAUGGUGCACGAUGGCCACGGACACCGAGUUGUCCAGUCCAGCACUGCUAGUUGAUUCUCGUGUAACCGACAAUUUGUGUGUGUGUGUGUGUAUGUGUGUGUGCGUGGGCGUGUUGUUAGAACGUGUUGAUAUGUGUGUAUUUGUAAUUUUGUAUCUGUGUGUAUCACUUGUAUCAUAUUGCUGUUUUUAUUCUCGGACUCGCACACCAUACAAACGCAUAUGCAAAUGCAAAUAGACAUGGCAUAUAGUCAGCAUUCGACUCGUUCGCUUGAAUUUUCUUUUUCGCUUCUCAUCAUGCGUGUAGGCUCCAUGCGUGUGGGCUCUUGUGUCAUGACUGUGUUUUGUUUGUACCUCAUUUUUUAAGCAUUCAAAUAGGUUUCCUACCAAUAGCUAAGUUUACAAUUAUGAAAUGGAAACGAGGAUGAUGUCUCUAUCCACGUCUCAAUAUAAGCCCAAAAUCUGAUUUUGGUUCGCAUUUCUGCCCCACCAAGAGGCCAGCCAGCCCCUUCAGAAACUUCACGCUUUCCUUGCAGAACUCUUCACUUAUAGGAUAAUGCUGAGAAACUUGCAUCCUGUGCCAGCCCAAGUGCAUGUGAAGCACUGAACAGCACGUUCACAUCCCUUGCCCCAAAGCAACUUCUUGUUCCUGAUCAGAAGCUAAUGCAGAGUUUUCCACAUGGCUGAAAGAGUUCUUCGCAUCCUCUCCAAUCUUGCUGACCCAUUUCUGCUUCCGCCUUUGGUGCUGGCGUCAGUCUUCUGCGAGCAUCUUCCCAGUUGAAAUCUGCAUUCACUGGGUUUGCUGAGGUCAUAACUAAACAUUUUAGUUCCGUGAAAAUUAUCAAUAAUGUCAGAUGGUGUCUAAAAUUGGUGUGGUUUCUUUUCUUAUCUGUACUCCUCGGGUACCUGGACUAAACAUUUUAGUUCCGUGAAAAUUAUCAAUAAUGUCAGAUGGUGUCUAAAAUUGGUGUGGUUUAUUUUCUUAUUCUGUACUCCUCGGGUACCUGGCUGCACGAUUGACUUAUAAAAAUUUAACUUCA